UGCUAGGCUAUAAUAUCUGUGAACUUCUAAUUGUGGCCAUUCGUGCAACCAUGGCGGAUCUUCCACCACCAGUGAGGGUAUCUCCUCUGAUAAAGUUUGGCCGAUGGAGUUUCCUUUUGGCUGGAGUGCUUUAUGGGGCAUCAAGACAAAGAUCACUUUCCAAGAAAGAAGCUGCAUUGCGAGAAAUAGAGGAAAAAGAAAAGGCGAUUCGUGACGCUAAGUUAAAGGAAGAAAAGGCUAGAUUAAGUAAAAUUGAAAUGGAAGAAUUGGCACGGGCUGCUGGAGUGCAACCAGAACCAUAAACAAUUUGUUGUAGAAUUAAAUGUAGUAUUACACAUUGCUCUAUAUGGAUUUUUGUGUAUAUAUGUAUGCUAACGUUAUAUUAUGUUGAAAUAAAAGUAUAAAUCUUUGUA